GACGCGCUUGUCGGAACAGCGGCAGUAGGCGGCGCUGGUGCUGCGCCCCGACGGCCGUCGAUCGAAGCCCGCCGCGUUAUCGCAAUGGCUUCCGUGAAAGACACAGCGACUUUCUUCGCGGAGGGCACCGCGACGCAAUUCGAACACGUUCUCAAACUUUAUCCGCAGGCGUUGCGCCUCAAGGCCGAUCGCAAGUUGAAAAAGCCCGAGGAGCUGAUCAAGCUAGACAACUGGUAUCAGAAUGAGCUUCCGAAGAUGAUCAAAUCACGCGGCAAGGACGCGCAUCUCAAUCACGCGGAGCUGGUGCAGACGAUGAAAUGGAAGCAAAUACGCGGCAAGUUCUAUCCACAGCUGUCCUACCUGGUGAAGGUGAACACACCGCGCGCCGUGAUGGCAGAAACGAAGAAGGCGUUCAAGAAGCUCCCGAAUCUCGAGCAGGCGAUCACGGCGCUGUCGAAUCUGAAGGGCGUCGGUACCACGAUGGCGUCGGCCGUGCUCGCCGCGGCGUCGCCGGAAAACGCGCCCUUCAUGGCGGACGAGUGCCUGAUGGCGAUACCGGAGAUCGAGGGUAUCGAUUACACCACUAAGGAAUACUUAAACUUCGUCCAGCACAUUCAGAACACCGUCGAGAGGCUGAACAAACAGACGUCAAAUGGCAAGACAUGGAGCCCACAUAGAGUCGAACUGGCGCUGUGGACGCACUAUGUGGCGUCCGAGCUGAAGCCGGAGCUGCUCGACGGCAUUCCGGGCUCGACGGAGAACGGCAACUCGCACGGCGCCAGCAACGGCGAGGCGACAGAGCCGUCGGAUGAUAGCAAUCAAGAGACGACAGUGGCGAACGGCAAAGACACGCCGGCGGCGCUCGAUCCGGCGGCGAUCGACGAGAACAGCACGACGACGUCCUUCACCGAGGACUCGCUGGACAAGCCGGCGACGCCAAUCACCGCCGGCGAUCAUCCCGUCGUGGGCGCCAGCGAGGACACAAAUGAUUCCCUCAUUACCAACGACAGCAGCAACAACGCGACGCCACGACCUACCGAUAGCGAGGACACCGAGGAGGACUCGCAGGACGCGCAGGACGCGCAGGAGCCGCCCACCAAGAAGAGCAAGAAGUGACCCGAUCGGCUCGGUGACGCGACGAGCAACAACGUCAGCACUUUCGUGCCCGCCAGAAGUCUGUCGAUCAUCGCGGCACCGCGUCGUCGAUUCUGAAUCAUCGAACGGAUGAUGGACCGACGGACGUACGGACGACGGACGGACGGAUAGGUAGUAUAGAGAUGGAUGCACGGACGGACGGACGGACGCGGAUGGAUGGAUGAAAUUACUCUAUUGCGCGAUUGCUUGCGACGGAGCACAGCCGCUCACUUCAUCCUCGACUCUUGCGGCAGGGGAGAGGAGAGGAGCGAGGAAAGAAGAGGCGGAUCCGCGGGAUCCCGGAGAUUCGGAUGGAUUCUGGGAUCCUCGAAUCCUCGAGUCCUCUCACUCCGUUUCUCUCCCCUUUCGAAAUCCUUCCCCACAUCUCACCCACGGUCUCGUUAUAUCUCAUUUCUUUACGCUCCUUCCUUCGGUUCUGGUAUCGAUUUUUACUGAGUGACCGACGAGCUCGUAUCCUCGUCGACGUCAAGCGUCAGAUGGUACAGCUGGAUCCUCGCCGUUGUUGUUCGGACAAUCUCGCGCGUUCACGCAAUGUCAACAAGAGUUUUGCACCACCUUUUGAUUAUGGAUCUCCUGUAUAAAGUAUGUUGAAGCGGACGAGGAAACGUGAAAGUAUAUACUCAAUGUUGUUAGAAAUAAAGGACCUUUCACGCAUCUAGUAAUAAGCCUUUGUAUCCCACUCUUGAC